AUCUUGAUCCAGUCUUUGUCAAAAGAAAGCCGACACCACGUAUAAUGCCAAGGAGUGCGGUGGUAGAAGCUGUUGCGUUAAUUGGUGCUGUGAUUAUGCCACAUAAUUUAUACUUACAUUCUGCUCUGGUGAUGACGCGUAAAGUGAACCGUAAUUCGAAAGCAAAAAUUAAAGAAGCUAAUUUUUACUUUGGAAUCGAAAGUGCUUUGGCAUUAUUUUGUUCCUAUCUCAUAAAUAUGGCCAUUGUCGUCGUGUUCGCUAGUGUAUUUUAUUCUCACCAUAACGUAAAACCUUUACCGGGUUUGUAUGAUGCGGCUGAUGUUUUAACACGGACGCUAGGUAGCGGUGCGAGAUAUUUAUGGGCCGUGGGAUUACUUGCCGCGGGCCAAAGCUCCACCAUGACAGGAACCCUCGCUGGGCAAUAUGUUGUGGAAGGAUUUUUUGGUAAAAUAUUAUCAAAUCCAUGGAAACGUGUCGCAGUCACCCGAGGAAUCGCGAUAAUUCCCUCCAUGUUAGUGGCUGUAUUUGCGGUUAAUCAUUUCGAUACAAUGGGUGAACUUCUCAAUGUCUUACAAAGCCUAUGUUUACCCGCUACAUUAAUUCCAAUUCUUAAGCUUACUAGUUCCAAAAACGUUAUGGGAACUUUUCAUAUACAUCAUACAUUUAAAUACCUUACAUGGAUUCUUGCUUUUCUUCUCAUAUGUUUUAAUCUUUUUAUGUUCAUAACACAUUUGGAAGAAUUACCUAAUGUGUAUAUUGGCUACACAUGUGGAAUAAUAUACUUUGCAUUUAUAUUAUAUCUUAUUUUAUUGCCGAUUGGAGAAAAGAAAGCCGCUGAUAUCGACGAUGCCAAUGAAUAUCAAGUAAUAAGCAACAUAGGUGAUUCGUAA